AUGUUAAAAAACGAUAUGAGUAUAGAGAAUGGCGGCGGCGACGCUUCUAAUGUGUCACCGACCAAACUCAUGGUCAACUAUAUACCGGAGCUGAUGACGCGAGAUAUGAUGUAUGCGCUUUUCUCUGCGAUGGGAAAAAUAGAAAGCUGUAAAUUAAUAGCCAAUAGAGGAUAUGGAUUUGUCGAGUACGAGAAACACGAGGACGCAGAGAAGGCGCGAGCUGCAUUUAACGGUUUGUUAAUGCAGGGGAAAACGUUGAAAGUGUCGUUCGCGCUACUCAACCCCGAGAACAAAGUCAGCCACAAGCCCGAUAUUGAAUCGAAUCUCUAUAUUAGUAACUUACCUCCCGAUAUGACUCUCGAGAGAUUGAACAGUCUCUUCGGCCAGUUCGGAAACAUAACUAACAGCCGGGUGUCUCAAGGAAUUGGCUUCGUGUGCUACGAGAAUCGACAGCAGGCGGAGGACGCGAUACAGCACAUGAAUGGGCAGUCACCAAUACCGGGCGCAGGGGCUAUCGUUGUCAAGUUUGCGAACAAGCCAAGCUCGAAUAAAAACACUGCUCGGUCGAGGGUCGCCGUGGCGGCCACACCAUUGGCCUACAACGGAGCCGCAGCCGUCUUCAACGGCACCACACCUGCCUUCAAUGGCACCAACUUGAGCGCCGCGUUCGGAGCGCGGCCCGCCGCAGCGUUUGCGCCUGGCUUUCCGCAAGCCUCACCGCCACCUCUACUUCCCUCUCCUGGUAAGGCACUGCCAUUCAUCAACAAGGGCCAGCAACGUUUCAAUCCCAUGGCGGCCACUAACCACACUCCGUUACCGUUGAUAGGCGCCCCCGCCAGUCCCGUGCCCCUGCUGGGUGCGCCGGCGGCCCCUCACCAAACCACCGUGUAUGUAUACAACAUAGGUGAAGACACUGAAGAAUUGGCUCUAUGGCAACUUUUCGGGCCCUAUGGUGCAAUCGACUCUAUAAAAGUUAUUAAGGAUCCGGAAACUAAGAAAAAUAAAGGGUUUGCAUUUGUUAAUAUGCGUGAAUAUGAUGAGGCAGCGAUGGCUAUCCAGACGCUGAACGGCUACACGCUCAAUGGACAGGUUCUUUCGGUUAGCUUUAAGACUCAGAAGAGAAAUAUGUAGGAUAAGGACGUUUUAAACGCUAUCUCGUUUGUGAUCGUCCCAGGGCCGAUACCUUAAAGAAAGAUUUCAUUCCAAUCUCAGAAUAUUUUUGUAGUUGAGACGCGAGAUCGUUUAUAUGCAUUUCAAAUUAGACGCAUAAGUAUUUUUGUAAGGUUUAAUAUAGUUUUGUACUGGCGAGAGCGCGACAUGACUACCUGUGAGUUAAGUUGGCUUUACAGUAUCCUAUAUGUGUACUUUUUAUCGUAUGAUAUGGUAUUAUAUUAUUGGACUAUGUAUGGACCUGUCAGAUAUGUAUUUCUGCCUGGGUGGCGCAGGGUCCGCCUGCCAGUCCCCCUGCGACACCCUAACCCUCCAGGUAUUUUUAUUUUGUGUAAAACAACAAUUGUAUGUUUUUUAUCUUUAAUAAAUUUCAUGUUUAAAUAGAGUGUAUCGUA